GAGUACCGUCCGUUAACAAAGCGAAAAGGCGACAGUGUUUUAAGGGUAAAGAUAAACAGAGAACACUUAUAUAAUCUUUUUUAUCACUGAAAACAUUAAAGUUUAAUUGAUUUUUACGCAAAAUUAUGUUCGUGUUCGUCUGCGGGCAGCUGCUUUGGCUCUAAGGUGAAUUGUCCACAGAGUCUAGGUGUUAUGAGUGCGAACUGGAGGUGAUUACAGAGUAAAGAAGCAGGUGUGUAGCAGUGCCGAAGGAGGCCAUGAACGAUCCGUUUGCAGACAGCCUAUGUUCGUCAGAGCCGGACAGUCCCGUAGGUCUGAACCGGGCCUGCCUGCUCGAAUCGGCUGCCGUCCUCUACCCCGAUCUGACCACCAUCGUCCCAGAAACACCCAGCCCAAAACUCGGCAAACGCAGGAGCCGCGCUCGCUUCACAGAUGAACAUUUCAGUCCUGUGGCGGUCGGCGGCUCUCCAGGACCACCUGAAGCCUCCGCCCUCAGUGAACGAGUUUUUACACAUAAAUCCAAACGCAGGCGGCUGCAGGUUGCAGCGAGGGGAGAGCAGAGUCACAGCUUUGAUCCAGCUUCAACUCUGAAGACCUUCCCACUGGGCACCUGGCUGGAGGACCCUGUGUCGACCGGGUCCUCCUCCUCCUCCUCCUCCUCCUCCUCCUCCUCCUCCUGCCUCACACCUGUAUCAGAAUACACGGACGAGGGGGAGUCUGCUGUGGUCGGCACCACAACAGAAGCCGGUCCUUUGUAUUUUGAUCAGAGGAGGAGGCCAAGUUCGAUGUCGGCCUCACCGUCUCCACCACCACCCGCCUCUCACUCUCUGUCCUUCCUGACUGCAGAGGAGAGGAGGUGGCUGAAAGACGAGCAAGGACUCCCCUCGACAGCAGAAGCCGAGAUGAUCGUCAUCAGCGACGAUGAGGAGGCAGUGGUUCGCCUGGCGCAGGUGGAGGAAGACGAGGCAUUGGCUCGAAGUCUACAGGCCCAGUUUGACCAAGAGGAGGCACACAGCAGACACCAGCACCACCACCAUCUCCAUCAGGAGGGCCGUCACAGGUUCUCCUCCUACGUGGAGCCCAGCUGGAUGCCUCACCUGCUGGCUGCCGUCUCUCCUCUGGUCGCCUUCGAGGACGAUCUGAGUGGUCAGCACAGAAGACGUGGGCGGGGCAGACGGAGGAACAUCCUGCCUGAGAUUUCAGAAAACCUUCAGGGAAACGACUACGAGGCUCUGCUGGAGUUCGAGGAGCGUCAAGGUGCUGUCAUGACCAGGAGGUUGAGUCGCAGGGAGAUCCAGAGGUUUCCCACCAAAACCUUCCAGUCUGCCAGCAGCGCUGGAAACACGCAGUGUCAGAUCUGUUGCUGUGACUACACUGAUGGGGAGAAGCUGAGGAUGUUGUCCUGUUUCCAUGACUACCAUGUCAAGUGUAUUGACAGAUGGUUGAAGGAUAACACCACCUGUCCGAUCUGCAGGGCCAACCUGGCUGACGGCGACGCCUUCGCCCCAAACCCCCUCUGACCUCCACCUGUCCCGCUGCGUCUGAAGGACAACUCAUCACCUCACAGCUCGUCUUUAUAGACUUUUAUUUGUUUGUUCUCAGUAAUAAUCGACUGUUCAGGGAUGAAACCUCACGCUGCUGCAGUUUUUCUUGUUUUGAGGACAGCGUUUCAGUCUGCUGUUCAGUCAGACUGAAAUAAACUAAGUUUUUUAAAUUCCC